AUGAUGAGGCUCUCAAGUGGAAAUAUUUUCAAAUCAAAUUGCAAUAUUAUUUUCACCAAGCAACAUAUGGGAUUGGCACUCCCUAUUUCAAAGUGGUAUACAUUGAGUAAAUUCGGUGCUCGUAGAUUCAACAUCACGAGCUCGUGGAACCCAGGGUCUGGCCACUGCUAUGUCGCAGACAGAGCAAUGGCUGAACUUCGCGAUCGAUGGAUGGAAUUCCAAGGGAUCAAGAAUUGGGAAGGCUUGCUUGAUCCACUUGAUGAUGAUCUCCGCAAGGAGAUCUUAAGAUAUGGGGAAUUCGUCGAAGCAGCUUAUCGCUGCUUCGACUUUGACAUGUCAUCACCCUCGUACGCAACGUGUCUUUAUCCUAAGAGUUCCAUGCUGAUGGACUGUGGUCUAGACAAGAGUGCAUACAAGGUGAUCAAGAACUUGUACGCCACGUGUGCAACCCGAAUGCCACGGUGGACUAAAAGGUUCCCAAACCUGGCGUCCCCACAAUCCAGCUGGAUAGGUUACGUGGCCGUCUGUGAUGACGUGGAAGAGAUCGCCAGGCUCGGGCGCUGCGACGUGGUGAUCGCUUAUUGA